AUGGACAAAGUGGCACAAUAUGAGCGCGUUUUCAAUCACUUUGAUGCAAACGGAGAUGGCAAAAUAUCACCUUUGGAGCUACAACAAUGUGUCAGGGCAAUCGGCGGAGAGCUGUCGUUGACAGAGGCAGAGGUGGCAGUGGAGCACCUGGACUCAGAUGGAGAUGGGCUGCUGUGUUUGGAUGACUUUGUCAAGUUUGUUGACGGCGGAAGAGAAGAAGAGAAGGUGAAUGAUUUGAAGGAGGCAUUUAAGAUGUACGUGAUGGAUGAUGGGUGUGGGUUUGGUUGCAUUACACCCAAGAGCCUUAAGAGGAUGCUGAGUAGACUCGGAGAGUCCAAGAGCGUUGAUGAGUGCAAGGUCAUGAUUUCCAGAUAUGAUCUCAAUGGUGAUGGGGUCCUCAAUUUUGAUGAGUUUAAGCGUGACGCCAGCGCUGACGUCAGCCAACUCGGGCUUCAGCCCGGGCAAGACUUGCCCUUGGGCUUGCUCGGGCACGUGGGACCCACCACCAAACCGGGCUACGGGCCCUGCGCUGGAGCUGUCUCGGGCUGCCUCUGGCAGCCUUUCCCCCGGGCUGGGCUUCGCGCUGGAGAUGCUCUCAUGGGUGGAACCACAAAUGCAAAGGUUGACAUUAUUUAUGUGAAUAGUGGCAGCCCUUGCCUUAGACUCACUUAG